AUGCUUCUCACUCUAUUCUUUUUGAUAUUCGCCAAAUUUUAUGGAAAUGCUGAAAGCCAAGAGGUUUAUGGCUCAAGAAUUGUCACUACCAGUACGGGUCCAGUUGGUCCCCUGAAUUUUAGAAUGUUACAAUCUCCAGAGGGCAAAAUUAAUUAUAAGGAAGGGAAGGUGAAGAAGUUUACAAUAGAUUCCAAUGAUAAUUGUGUUGUUGGGAUCUCGAAAGUCGGAAGGCCGUGCAAUUUUGACACAACUCAUCUUACAACCGACAACAACAUUCUCAUAUCAAAUGUGACAAUUAGACUGAACAAGGGAGUGGAAAGUUACGUGACCUACAAGUGGGGUACCGACGUCAGUUCCGUUGCUAUAACUCUGGACUGGAAGAAUUCAGGCGUUCCCUCUGAGGUCAAUGAAUGCCAAGGUAAGAAUUCCUAG